CGGCGGCGUCGUCUUGUGUCGGUCCCGGCCGCCAUGGCUCCGAAGGGCGGCCCCAAGCAGCAGUCGGAGGAGGACCUGCUCCUCCAGGAUUUCAGCCGCAACCUGUCGGCCAAGUCCUCCGCGCUCUUCUUCGGGAACGCCUUCAUCGUCUCCGCCAUCCCCAUCUGGCUGUAUUGGCGAAUAUGGCAUAUGGAUCUUGUCCAGUCUGCUGUUCUGUACAGUGUGAUGACUCUUGUCAGCACCUACUUAGUAGCUUUUGCAUACAAGAAUGUCAAGUUUGUUCUCAAACACAAAGUAGCUCAGAAGAGAGAGGAUGCCGUUUCCAAGGAAGUUACUCGCAAACUUUCUGAGGCUGACAAUCGGAAGAUGUCUCGGAAGGAGAAGGAUGAAAGAAUCUUGUGGAAGAAAAACGAAGUCGCCGAUUACGAAGCCACGACGUUUUCCAUCUUCUACAACAACACCCUCUUCCUGGUCUUGGUCAUCAUCGCUUCGUUCUUUGUCCUGAAGAACUUCAACCCCACGGUAAACUAUAUUCUGACCAUAAGUGCUUCUUCUGGGUUGAUUGCCCUGUUGUCUACUGGCUCCAAAUAGCCCGAGGAGGAUGCCGCCCAUCUGCUCUUUUGUUAUGGGUGGGCUGGGGGAGGUGGAAAUGCUAAAGUGGUCCUUCCGGGGAGGGGCCUGGUGGGAACUGUUUUGUAGAGUUUGAAGGCUGGAAGUUCUUUUGCUUUGUUUUUUGACCAAGCACAUUUUUUUUUUUUUUUUUAAAUACAAAGCUUUGAUUUUCAGCUGGCUUGACAGAUUGUUGAAGUAAAAUAAAUUAAAAAGAAAACUCAGUGUACCAGGUCACAUAUUAAACGGGGAAACUGCCUUGUCAUAAUCAUGUCAAUUAGAGAAGAAAACAAUUUGUUUCUUGGACUUGUCAGAGGUCACCGUAACCUGGGCUGGGCUGCUGUUAGUUGUAAUGGCAGUAAGAAGUUAAUAACUUGUUCUCCGUAUUUCAAGAAUGACAACUUUUUUUCUUCCCAACAUAAAUAUGAAAAUCAAGCCUGGUUUUUCUCAUCUGAUCGGGAGCCUUAACUCAUUGAAGUUUCAAGAAAGAUCCAUCCCACCCACCUGCAAACUGUUCCCGAUCUUGUAUUUUAAAAUCCUUUAAUAAUAAAAAGUUGGAAACAUGA